AUGGUCGCCGAACCUGUCCAAGCUACCGUUGAAACGUUACGUUCCGCAUAUCUGAGGGUCUCAGACUUUUUGGUUUCGUCACUGGAUCAAUUGCCAGAUCCAACCUCCAUCAAGAAUUCACGAUUGUUCCAAUACCUUUCGACUUCUACCCAGCAGCCACCAGGGCCCAACAUAUUGGCCAAUCACACUUCAUUAAAGCAGAAGUACAACGAUCACAAGUAUGAGAUUCUCUCUGUAUUAACUGUGGGGCUUGGGGUGGCAGGUUACUACUACUACCAGAAGCGAUUGCUUGCUCCAUAUAGAAACAAGCAGAACAAGCGGCGAGUGCCCAAGUUGGCCAAUGGCGCCAGACGCGAUGUUGUGUUGGUUGUGGGGUCUCCCACUGAGCCGUUGACUCGAUUGUUGGCUAUAGACUUCGAGAAAAGAGGCUUUAUCGUAUACUUGACUAUUUUGGAUGAUAAAGACUUCAAGUACAUCCAAUCGAACGGCAUCACCGAUGACAUCAACUAUUUGAACUUAAAUGAGAGCGAUAAUUACGACGUUGCAUUCAGAAAAUUCAGCCAUUUGUUGAAUGUUAAGGUGGUUCCUUUUCAAGGUGCUGAACCGCAUGUCCUAAAGCUCUCCGCGGUGGUGUUCACGCCAAACUUGUAUUUCCCACUUGGACCAAUAGAGAAUAUUCCAAUGUCAUCUUGGGCCAAGUUGCAAGACAAAUUGGGUGUAUACUUCCGUAUCAUUGGCUCGGGUCUCUUGGAUAUUGUCCGAGAUCAGCAUAGCAAGGUGAUUGGCAUCGUGCCAACCAUCGUGAGCUCUCUCCAGAUGCCUUAUCAUGCACCCGAAACCAUAUUACAGAAUAGUCUCAAGAGUCUUUUUGCUAUUCUCGCGAAGGAGUUGUCUCCUCAAGGAAUUUCUGUCACCCAGAUCCGAUUGGGUAAUUUGAAUCUCUCGAAUACGAGAGUCCUCCCAGCCAGCAGAGCUACUCGUGUUUCCAAUAUUGUGGAGGCAGAAGUUAGAAGCUGGAGUGAGGAGAUGAGAAGUGUUUACGGUAAUGAUUUCCAGAAAGCGCAGGCCAGGUCAAGUCCUAUUGGCAGUUCACUCAAGACAAAAGGUCUUCGUGAUUUGCACCAUUUACUUUUCGAUUUGAUAUUCAGCCGUUCUCGUAAUCCUCUGGUUGUAUAUUACGGAACAGGGGCAAGAGCAUACGACCGCAUAACCAGCUUUUUGCCUGUGUCAUUCUUGGAAUUGAUAUCGUGA